GCUUAAUUAUACCAUUAAGGUUUUAGUACGUUUUUUGUUGUUGUUGUUUACAGGAGAAGGAACCCGCGCUGGAAGGUCUCCAUGUUCAUGUUACUAUAAGGAGCUCCGCGAGGUUUUGGAUAGCACAUGGUUUCAUUUUUACCGCUUCAUGACUGCCUGGGUUAGCCAAUACUGUAUCUGUCGUAGCCAGGCUGUCGUCAGUGUGCUCCGUCGAGGACGCGCAUCGGGAGACCUAGCCUUCACUUGUUGUAGGCGGAAUUUCUCACAAGUGGAUAAAAACGCAUAACCAUUUCCUCUAAACGAUGCGUAAAAGUAGCCUAAACCCAAAACAUCUGGAAGUUGACACAGCGGUGUUACUGGACUGAGUGUGAUACAUAGACCAGAUUGUCUACCAUGAGAGGCUCUGGACAACAUCACCACUUUCUCCGGAGAUAGCAGCGCUGAUAUUUCUUUCAACUCCUGGAACGUCUGGAGGAGGACGCCGCGGCUGUGUGUGAGAGAAAACCAUGCAGCUGCCAGGCAACGAUACGGGCUACGUCUGGACCGAGUUAUUAAACACCGGCAACCUAACGGCGGGUGCCGGUGAAGAAGAUCACGGUGGUGCGGAGGCGGUGAUUGUUCCGGUGAUUUUUGGAUGUAUAUUUUUCCUGGGUGUCGUCGGGAACUCUCUAGUGAUGAUAGUAAUAGGGAAAAUCAAGGCCCGGCGCAACAGAAGUACGACAAACAUUUUCAUCCUUAAUUUAAGUAUAGCGGAUCUAUUGUUUUUGCUAUUCUGUGUCCCGUUCCAGGCGACUAUAUACUCCCUACCUGAGUGGAUAUUUGGAUCCUUUUUAUGUAAAUGUGUUCACUAUUUGGUGAUGGUGUGUAUGCUGGUGAGCAUCUUCACGCUUGUUGCCAUGUCAGUGGACAGGUACAUAGCUGUUGUACACUCCAAAAAGUCCCCCUGCAUUCGCAACAGGAGGAAUGCACUCAUUGGGGUCGGUGUUAUAUGGACGCUAUCGUUCAUAUUCUCAAUACCAGUGGCGCAACACCAGAUACUUACUGACCAUCCGGAAGCGCCAAACAGUUCGUUCUGCUGGGAAGCGUGGUACGCAAGCGGUUCCAAACACACCUACAAAGUCGCUAUUUUAGUCAUUGGCUAUCUGUUGCCGUUGGGGUUGAUCAUAUGCUGCUAUGCGAAGGUGUUAUUCCAUCUCCAUAAGAAGAUGAAGAAUAUGUCCAAGAAAUCUGACCGAUCAAAAAGAAAGACAGCCCAGACGGUCCUCCUGGUGGUCGCAGCCUUCCUGACCUGUUGGAUGCCUCAUCACAUCGUCGCCAUGUGGGUGGAGUUUGGAGUGUUCCCGCUCAACGACGCCUCCUUCGCGUUGCGGAUCAUCUCCCACUGCCUGGCGUACGGGAACUCCUGCAUCAACCCCAUCCUGUACGCCUUCCUGUCAGAGAACUUCCGGAAGGCCUGUCGCCAGGUGUUCACCUGCCGGUUCCUCUACCCUCCACCCCCACAGGAGAAGGUGGUGCGCAUCCGUAUGGAGAACUUCUCAACUACACACUCUAAUACCACUAAUAUCUGACACCACACACACUAAUACCACUAAUAUC